GCAAGCAGGGCAUAUUUCCCGUUAUUGUCCCCUUCCUGAUAGGCGCGUUACUCCGUCUACUAGCACAACUAUCAUUCCAGCACAACCACUGGUUACUAUGCCUGCUGGCAAAAAUCCUGUCGGCACGGUCGCUCCUGCGGCUAACUCCUACUCUGUUCCGUUCUCCGGUCAGUACUCGGAUAAGGGGUGGUUACACAACCGGGUGGCGACUCUCGAGGAUAUCGUCGACAAAAUCAAGGAGAAACAUGAUGCAGAAACAGCCAAGGAACUUGCGGCUAAAGAAGAAGAAGAACGAAUGAAAAAGGAGAAGGUUGAAGAGGAUCGUUGUCUACGAGAGAAACAAGAGAGGGAGGAGUGGCAACUCAAGAUGCAGGAGGAUUUGAAUAGUCGGUGGGAGAUGGUUUGUGAUAAGAUAGAUCAGAAGGAUAAGGUGAGCAAUGAAGUUGCCACACUACGAGAAAAAGUUGCUAGGAUGUCAAGCAAGAAAGAGGCGGCCAAACCGUCAUCAUCCGUGGCUAAACCAGUAUCCAGGGAUGACGUUGUCGAAAGGCUGAAGCGGGAGCACGAGGAUCUGAGAGCAGUGGCAGAUCAGCGAUUUGUUUUGCUGGAGGAGAGACUCUUGGAGUUGACUAAAGUUAAAGAAGAAGCGGAGGCUAGCGCCGAGUUAUGGAAAGCCGAAGCACUCCGCCCUGGGAACAAGAGGGGGAGUAUUGCGGUUGGUCAAACUCCUGUUUCCCACGUGAGGGUACGACAGCGUAGUACACCGGCUACCUUGCCAACUGAGCCUCGAGUCAAUCAGCAGUUCAAGGGCAUUGUGGUGCGUCAUAACAUGGAGGUCAAUCUCUUGAAAAAACUGCGUUUGAAGGAUGUCAACGAGCGGCUUGAUGUAGAGAAGGAGGUUAAAAGGCUUAAAGAAGUCAUGGCCAAGCUCGAAAUGGAGAAAGAACGAGGAAGCAAUCUGCAGAGUCGAUUGGACGAGGUGGCUGGUCCUUCUGCCAAGAAAGUAGGUUGCUCUUCGGUGAAGAAGAAAAGUGUGGAUACCUCGAGGGAACAGGUGAAUGAGUGAGAAGCUUUCGUGUGUGCGGCCAGGAAGCAAAUGAAGAAACUGAAUAAGGAGCAGGUGCUGAAGAUUUGUGGCAAGGAGGGGAUUGCGUACACUAAGUUGGAACAAACUAAGGAGAAAAUU